GCAUGCCAUAUCCAGCCUGUACAAUCGAGUAGACAGAAAGAAGGUGCGCGCUCGCUCGAUCCCUUCUUUCGAGGGAUGCACAUGCGUGAUGGCGACUCUGAGUUCUGAUUCGGACUCUGCAAAACCAGGUUGCUGUGUAAACAGGGGGAAAAUUAAACAAUUGAAGCAGGUGAAGUGGAUCUAUUCUUUCGACAAUAAAUAGAUCUGUUUUCGUAAUUAUAAAACCCCAACAUGCUAAUAAACUAAGGAAACAUCGUACUCAAAGAUCCAUGUUGAUGAUAGGAAGCGGAAGACUUUAACCGGAAGCAACUGGAACUGACCACCCUAAUAUGUCCUCAAACAAUGUUUGUUUUUCAACCCCCUUAUGUUUCCUAUUGCCAAUUCUCGAUUAAAACAUACUUUUAACACAGAUUCUGCAGAUUGUCUCCCAACUUGCACCGUCCAUUUACUGUUCCUUUCCUCAUCGUGACUUGACUCGCAGCCCUUCUAUAUCCCAUUUCUUUCUUGCUUCACUGGCUUGCAAACACCGCGCCCCCUCACCCCUUCCUUCAUUCUAUCAUCCUGAUGGCAUCGAAUCCAGUUCCUUCGACCAGCUCCAGAUCGACUUGGACGGCCGAGAAGAACAAGCUGUUCGAGAACGCCCUCGCGGUGUACGAAGAGGGCACGCCCGAUCGAUGGCAGAGGAUCGCGAAUGCGGUUGGGGGGAAGACAUCUGUGGAGGAAGUGAAGGAGCACUACGAGAUCCUCCAACAUGACAUCAACCUCAUUGAGUCGGACAAAGUUCCUCUUCCACAGUACAAGCCAUCCGAGGACAAGCUCAGCAAUCAACACCUGAGCUUGAAGCAUUCGAACUUGUGAACCGAGAGAGAAGAAAUGGACGCGGCGAGGACGAGCUGCGUCGCAACGCAUCUUUCUCCUUGGAUGAUUCGCUAAUCGGAGCUGCACUUGUGUAGAUGAUUUUGUCCACCAGAUGUUCCGUUUGUUCUACUUCUUUUGAUCUUUUCCCGUCCUCCUAAUUCCUCAGUAUUCAUGCUAAGGAGCAUGGGAACUGCAUUGCUCUCUCUAUGUUCAUUAAGCUAUGAAACUGAUGAAGAUCACGAAUUUCCGC